AGUGCCCAAGAUAUGUAUCUCAAAAGGAGCAAUCAACUAAUAGUUUUAGUCUUAUAAAUAUGGGGAUAGCACAUAAUCGACUGCUUAGUCAUGUUCGGAAGUCGCUUCAGGCUAAGUGCCUCUUCGGCAACGGCAAGGAUCUUGCGCUACGCUUGCAACUAUGCCACAGCACUGGGAGUCAUCACUUUUCGUGUGGAGUGUAAUCGAGGCGAUGGACGUCUGGUGGCCCAGCAGCGCAGAUGGUUCAAGUGGCUGUCGAUGCUAUUUCGGAUACUAAUCAGCUACUUGUAUUGCCACUUUUAUGGCUCUUUCAUCAUCGUCUUGCAAAACAUCCACUUCCAAUUGAUUGUCGGCGUUCGCAUGUUGUGCAGCCUCAUUUGUGCCCUCGUCAUUCUCGUGAUGCAAUUUUGGUAUGAGGAACAAUUGAUUGCAUUGGUCAACACUUUUCUGCAGCUCUUUCGCAGAGUGAAGUCGCUGCCCGGAUGUCAGGAUAUGUGUUUUGGUGGCCAUCGCGAGCUAAUAUUGCUGCUCUUUGGUGUCCUCUGCCAAAUCUAUCAGUGUUUCUAUCUGCUGCCCACCUUAAUCGACGAAUUCAACUUACAAUUCACCUUCACUGUCUUGCUGGAAACUUAUUCGAGUUUGAGUACUGCAAUCAUCUGUUACAUUUGUUUUGUGGGCUAUCUGAGUGUGGGUGCUCUUUAUCACCACAUGAAUCGUUAUAUACGCCAUGAACUGCGCGAUCAGCUGGAGAAGCUGAAGCCAUCGAAGGACACUCGAGCACAACGCAAGGCAGCCAGCUAUCGUCUGGAUGAAUGUCUGGCCAUCUACGAGGAUAUUCAGAGAGUCUCUCGCGAAUUUCAGCGUUUGUUUGAUGUGCCACUUUGUCUCGCAAUCAUCUUUGGCUUUCUAACCAUGGCGCUCGUCUCGUUUUUCGUGGUGCUAAAUCAAUUCAAUGGCUUUGCCAUCUGGAUACUGGAGAUGAAGAUAUUUUUGGAGAUGCUGCUGUUGACAUUGUCGAUUCAAGGAACGAUCCACAAUUCGCGUGUCGUUCGGAGACUCAGUCUAGAGAAUUACUAUCUAACAGAGCGAAGCGAUUGGCACAAAAAAUUUGAGAUGUUUUUGAGUCGGUUGAACUACAACGAAUUUCGAGUGCGUCCUUUGGGUCUAUUCGAUGUAUCGAACGAGCUCAUAUUGGUCUUUCUAUCAGCCCUGGUCACCUAUCUCACCUAUAUUAUACAGUAUGGAAUGCAGUCGAACCAAUUGUGAUUCCUCGUCACGCUGUAAGGGCCAGAGGGUUGUUAAGUUUAGGGUAAGGUUCACAGACAGAGAGACACACACCUGUCCUGUCCUGCGGUUGCAUGUAAAAAUCCGUUGUCAGGACCAAUU